AUGAUUUGCCUGGAAUUCAAAAGGAUUGUGGGAAAAGACCUGCAGCAGGAGUUUUAUUCUGCCCUUGAUGAUCACCGUACCCGUCUUAUGGAAAUCUUUAAAGCGAAGAGGGGCAACGUGGGCGAACAUUUGGCACAGCUUUUGCAGCAAAUGCAGUCACUGGAUCCCACAGAAAAAAGGACUGUCGCGCUAAGAGGGCUUCCACACCUACUCGGAGACAAUCCCACUGAGUUCUUCAAAUCAAGCUCUGAUGGUGAUGAGUCCUUUGGCCAAAUGGAUGUUGGAAUCUUGCUGGUGAAUCCUGAAGGCCCGUGUCAGUGUCAGACCAGCCGCUAA